UAGAAGAAACAAAUAUUCUUUUUUUUAUUAGUUUAUUAUUACUAUAAUUUUAUUCACAGAUAGAACAAAGUAAUAUUAUUUAAUUUUUAUUUAAUAUUAUUUUAUUAUUUAUAAACCGCUUGUUGUUUACCUCCGUAUUAAUGACAUCAAAAGCAUUUUUUCUCUUUCUGUCGCUCUCUAAACCUGCUGCAACAGUCUCAGGGUGUGUGUGUGUGUGUGUGUGUGUGUGUGUGUGUGUGUGUGUGUGUGUGUGUGUGUGUGUGUGUUGCACAUGCUCCUGUGUAAUGAGAUCACCCUCAUUAAAGUCUUUAGUGUAGUAAUCUGGACCUGCACACACUCGACCCGAGAUCUGCACAGAACGACAGAUACGUCCAGAAGAACCGUAAUAUUCUGAGUGGAAUAGAUCGUCCCGCUGUUUUGGAAGGAAAAACUGUGGCGUUUUAUUGGGUCUGGAUGAGCGGAGCGUCACAGAUGGCUGUUAUUGGAUAGAGAUGAAGACCACCUGACUCUCUCUCUCUGCGUGUGUGUGUGUGCAGAUUUGAGUCUGAGUCCCUCCAUCUGUCCCGUGUGUCAUCUAUUAAACCGUCUCAUCUGAACAUGAUCCAUCGGGCCGUACACAUUCACGCACACAGAUAGCGGACGAUAUAGAUCUCAUUCCAGCAGACGUUCAUCAGCGUCAUGGAGUACGUGGUGAAGAAAUCUCUGCUGGCCCCCAUAAAGACACUCACGUACUGCGUGACCGGAGAGAAGAAACCGUCCGGCUGGACCAAGAGGGGCUCAAAACAUCACGGGUCGAAGGGCAGGACCUGCGCAGACCCACAUCUGCUGCGAUCCUAUCAGGCCGACCUGGAGAGAGAGAGGAAAUUACGUGAGGCGAUGAACGCUCAGAAGAACGCAGAGAGAGCUGCGAUGCGAGCUCAUUUCAGGAGGAAAUACCAGCUGACCAAGAAUGCCAAGGACGCGGACCACCUGCGAGCCGUGGGGAGGAAAGUGCCUCUCCCCCGAGAGCUGGCCAAGAUGGUUCAUCCCGACGGCGCUGAUAAAGACGACGGCUUCAGUCUGCUCAGAGCCUUCCAGGGCCUCAGUUUCAGCCCGCCGAUCUUCACAGGCAGCAAACAAACCAAAACUCCCACGGCAGCCGACGCGGAGCCCUGCAGAGUCAUGUGACCUCUCAGAAACACAGCCAACACACACACACACACACGGCUGAGCUGUGAUGAUGAUUUCAGAUGCAAUAAACCGUUUUAGAGCUUCAUGUUUCUCAUAACACUGUUCUUGUUGUUUGUUUUAUGAAUGUGUCAAAGUCGCACAACACUUCAGAGCCUUGACAUAUUCCUGCAUUUCAUACCUCAUGUUUUCGACAGACAUCAGGAAACUCGAAUAUUUUUAUUUUGUAUUGUUGGUUUUAUUUAUUAUUGUUGUAUUAUUAAUGCACAAUUAAUCUGAUGUGAGAGUCUGAAGAUUCACACUUUUGUCUAGUUCUCUAAACGAGAUCACAUGGGCUUGUGUAGUUUUAUGUAAAGCUGAUUAUAUUGACUGCAGACUGACUUAUGAAUCAUUUUACUUUUGAAGGCAUUUUCUCAUGUUUUAACUUUUCUGAAGACAGCUAUGCAAACACUUUUUGUUCUUUUUUUUUAAUCUAUUUAUUUUUAAUCUAAUUUAUUAACUUUAUUUUAAUCUUAUUUAUUUACAUUUUUACAGAUUUUCUCCAGACCUCAGUUUGAAAACCUCUGAUUUACUGCAUUAUAUUCCACAGCUGAUCAGUUUAGAGCUGAACGAUAAUCACAUCAACCAGAUCAGAUCUGCUGUUCAUGAAUAAAUGUAGAUGUGUACAGGUGAAGGUGGAUAUGUGUAUUAUAGUUAGAUUUUGAUUAUGUCUAAGUUGAUUGAAAGUUGAUUUUGAUUGAAUCUUGAGAAGUUGAUUGAAAGUGCCAUUAUACUUUUAUCUUUAUUCCCCUAGUGUGAAAAAUAAAGUAUGGAAGCCUA